AUGGGGAGUUUUCUGAGUGGGGUGGUGGGUGAAGGGGAGGAAGUGGCUGUUGUUUUUAUAAUUAAACAGCUGAUCGAAGUGAUGACGGCAGACGGUGCUGAACUUCAUAUGGACGCCAAUUAUAAGCAUUUGCCGGAGGAGCCCGAGAUAGAACAGAUGCUCACAAUCAUGGUGACGCACCAGGAUUAUGCAUUUCCGGUUGUGGUUGCUAUGAUGACCAAGAAAUCAGCCAACUUAUAUUACUUAAUUCUGAACCACGUGAAGGAAACAAUUCCCGACCUAGCGCCUCAGACCAUAGUCAGUAAUCAUGACUCCGACUUGCUGACAGCUAUUGCCGAGGUGUUUCCACAGAAAAACGGAACCAAGAAUGUUGUAUGUUGGUUUCAUUACACACAGGUACGAUAUCAAUCAAUCAAUUAA